AUGCAGACACCGAUCCUCUCUCGCCUUCUCUGGCUCUCGCAAUACAUAGUGCUUGUGUCCGCCUCCAAUUUUGCUUUGGUUGAACGAGCAUCAGCAUCGGCAGUGCCUACACCCAUUUCAGUAGCGCCCUCACAAAAUUGGGACGGUGAUGAUGGCCCGUGGUCUUCUUUCACUAUCCAAGUUGGCACACCCAUUCAAGACGUCCGAGUCUUUGUCUCCAACGAGAUCUCCACUACCUGGAUCGUUGAGACCGAGGGAUGUGCUGUUGGCGAUGAUACAUGUUCAAACGGCCGUGGACUUCUAUUCAACCCUAACUCCUCUUCCACCUGGAGCCAGUACGGGUUUUAUGCGUUAGGCGCAGAACAGAAUCUGGGUUCAACGGGUAGCGCCAGAUAUGGCAAUGAUACAGUGGGCUUGGGGAUCCAAGGGAGUGGUGGACCUUCUCUACCGGACCAGAUCGUUGGGGCGUUUUCGACGGAUGAUUUUUACCUGGGAUUCUUCGGCGUCAAUCCGGCUUCGACCAAUUUUACACAACAAGAGCAGGGGAAAGCAAGCUAUAUGACUACGCUAAAGAACCAGAAUCUGAUACCAAGUCUGAGCUUUGGGUAUACAGCUGGAAAUAAAUAUCGCUUGAAGCAAGUGCUUGGGAGUCUGACGCUCGGAGGGGUUGAUUCAGGGCGUUUCGUGCCAAACAACCUGUCAAUAUCAUUUGCACCGCAAGAGGGUCGCAGUCUGUUGGUGGGAAUACAGUCAAUCUCAUCAGUCGACCAGAAUGGGACUACAAGCAAUCUGCUACCAAGUGGUGGUAUUAUGGCCUCGGUCGACUCAACAGAGGCACAGAUCUGGCUCCCUGUGGAAGCAUGUCAAGCUUUUGAAAUAGCGUUUGGAUUGACGUACAACGACACGAAUGGGUUCUAUCUGGUCGAUGACGCGUUAAGCUCUCAAUUGACGGCCCAAAAUGCGAGUGUCACGUUCACUCUAGGUAAUUCAACGAGUGGUGGAGAAACAAUCAAUAUCACGCUACCGUAUGCCAGUUUUGAUCUACUGUUGACACCGCCUGCUGCGAAUCUAACCAGCAAUACGAACUAUUUCCCGCUGCGCAGGGCGGAUAACAGUACGCAGUAUACCUUGGGAAGGACAUUUCUUCAAGAAGCAUAUCUCACUGUGGAUUGGGAACGCCAGAAUUUCUCCAUUUCCGAAUGCCUGUUCUCGGAGAACAUGCAGCAAACUCUUGUGGCUAUCCAAGCUCCAAGUGAUACGACGAGCUCUGGGGGUUCUUCGACUGGCAAGACUGUGGGUAUCGCAGUGGGUGUUGUCGUGGGUGUUCUUGUCAUCGCUGCCGCAAUUGGUGCGUUCCUCUGGAAGAAGCGCCAGACUAAGCGUGAUUCAGAGAAGGAGAAGGCAGAAAAGGCAAAAAUGCUUGAUAACGAUAUGGAGGAUCAGCACCGACAAGGAUUCAAACAAGAGCUUGGCGUUGACAACGAGCAUCAACGCUUCGAAAUGCAAGGCUCCACUCCCGAGGAAGCCAAGGCCAAAGCCGAAGCUGCACAAGCUCAAUGGAUAAACGAGAAAGCCAGAUACCCUGGGGAGAGAUCGGGCAUCGCUGAGGUUGCCGGUGGCGAUGUGUCCAGGUCCGAGAUCGCUGCCGGCGAUGUGUCAAGACCAGAGCUUCCUUCAUCACAGGGGGGACCACUGCGGCCAUUUCACGAGUUGUAUGAUCCUUCAGCACCUCCCGCUGAGCUACCAGGAGACCCGGUGGGGGAACUGGAGGGUUCCGUCCCAGCACUCUCGAGUCAAACAUCUUUUUCGUCGUCCAGGCGAAGGUCAUUGAAUAGGAACAACCCCGGAUCACCAUUGAGUCAGUCGUCUGGUCGCUUCUCGGUGGCAAAUAAAGUGUCGAGAGGGAAACGUCAGGCCCGUGACUCCAUUCCAAGUCUUCACGCUACCGCGCCCACCCCACCACCGAAGCCUGCGGCCGGUCUUUCAUCACCACCACCGUCGGUUCGGCCGACCUCGAGGCGCAAUCCUUCGAACGACAUUUACAGUCCGCUUUCGAACGAGGAUAUGAUGUCGCCUGGCAGUGCGGGGAUGACCGUUCGUGGAGGAACCCAUGUCGUUAGUCCCGACUCGCCUGCCGAUCCUGAGGCUAGUCGGAGGAGUUUUUGGGCUCGUAUGACUGGGAAGAAACAUUAG